CGGUAACGACACCCGAUUACACGGCGAUACCCGGUAACGGGGCGAGGCGAUGCGAUGCCUGGGGCGGUGCCGGUGCCCGGGGCGGAGGCUACGGGGCGAGGCGGAGCCGUCGGUCAGCGCAUUCGGUGCCCCCCAUGGGAGACAACGGAUGCCCAUGGCUCUGGGGCCGGACUUGCUGCUGGUCGCCGGUUCUUUCGCCGCUUUCCGCUUGUUGAACCGCGGGGUGGAGCGGUUGAUGCCCCCGCCGCCCUCGGCUCGGCGGAACCGCUGGAAGUGGCGGAACAUCUGGACGUCGCUGGCACACAGCGUGCUGAGCGGCGGCGGGGCGCUGGCGGGGUUCUGUCUCUACCCUGGGCUGCACGAGGAUCUGGUGGGCACACAUCCACCCGGGGCACACAGCCUGGUGGCCGUGUCUGUAGGUUAUUUCCUAGAAGACUUUGUGGACAUGCUAUGCAAUCAGAAACUCCACCAGUCCUGGGAGCUGCUCUUCCAUCACUCUGUGGUGAUUGUCUGCUUUGGCAUUGCAGUGCUGCUCCAUCAGUACGUGGGUUUUGCCCUCGUGGCCUUACUGGUGGAGAUUAACUCCAUCUUCCUCCACCUACGCCAAAUCCUGCUCAUGGCCGACCUGGUGCACACCGCCUGCUACCGCCUCAACAGCAUCAUCAACCUGGGCACCUACGUGGUGUUCCGCAUUGCCACGCUGGCCUGGAUGACACACUGGCUGUUCCUCAACCGGCAGCACGUGCCCCUGGCCACAUACACUGUGGGCACAGUUGGCAUGGCAAUCAUGACCCCCAUGAACAUCAUCCUCUUCUAUCGCCUGCUACGUAGUGACUUCUUCAAGUCCAGCCGGGACACGCGCAGGGAGAAGGAGAAAUAGCAUGGAGCAGCUAUGAGCUCAUGGAGGAGGACAGCAAAGAGCUGGUGGGGAAUAAGAAUGGCUAUUUCAGUGUUGCUUGGACUUAAGGUUGUGGAUCCUGGGCAGAGAAGGUGCUGGUGGACCAGGCACUGGGGCUCUGCUCUCCAGCACCUUUGGAUGAUGUGGUCGAACAACCAGGAGCUGCUCAGAGAAGCUCUGAAGGCUCUAACAGCCCUGAGACACCACUGAGAAGGGAGCAGGGAGAAGAGCAUUGUUUCCCCAUGCUUUUCUGGAUAUGCAAACACCACUGUGAGUUUCUAACCUCUUAGGUGCUGCACCCUGCAGGGUCCUAUUGCCUAAGGGACUCUGUGCUACCUCCAGCACUUCCCAUGGGAAAGCACCAGGCAAGAGAAGCUCCAAGGCUUUGCCCUUGAGGCCAGGGCUGAUAAAAGCCAAAUCCUGCACCCAUCCCUGAUGAGAUUGUGCCAGGUGAGAGAUGAAGGCUUGGACUUGUCCUUGUCAGAUGCUGCUGGCACUGGACUAGGGACAGUGGGAGCCAUAGUGCCAUACUUGGGGACUGCUGCUAACUUCAGACAACUGGAGAUAUUCUAGUGUUGUUUUCUUCCCAGAUCUAUUAAGUCCCCAUAAAUGAGUGUGGGAAUGCGUGAGCUGCAGACCAGGAUGGUGUGUGAUAGUUGUUUCCCGUGGAUGAGAUGUUUUCAGAUGGGCCAGAUAUGGGCAUCUAUGAGGAACCAGAAGUCCUGCUGCAGAGCCCGGUGUAAUGCUCUCAAGCAGCAGCAAGAGCUCUUACUAACACAGGCUUUCAAUAAAUGGCAAAUGAAAGAGCUCAAGUGGAAGAGGC